AUGUGGCGGGACUUCGAAAACGUGUGCCAGAAACAAGCCAAACAGAUACUCGGAGUUUCUAAGGGUGGUACUCCUAUCAAGAAGGAUACUUCCUGGUGGAGUGAUGAGGUCAAGCUCAUAAUAAAGGCAAAACGGGACGCAUUUCACAAGUGGCAGAGGUCGGAAAUGGAGAAGGACCGCUUGGAGUACAAAUCAAUGAAGUCUCUUGCUAAAACAACAGUCGCACAGGCGAGAGCCAUAUCAAGGCAAGACUUCUACGAUAAACUGGAAAAUGCUCCGAACGAAAACACAAUUUUUAAGAUCGCUAAACAACGGCAUAGGUCCACCCUAGAUACAAAGUUCAACAAGUAUAUUAAAGACCAACACGGCAAAUUGCUUACCUCUAAUGAUGCAAUAAAUGAAAGGUGGAAGGAGUAUUACAACCAGUUAUUGAACGAGGAGUUUCCCAGCGAAGAACACUUCAGCCUUUCAUGCACCGAAGGGCCACUCGAGCGUAUCGAUCUCACGGAAGUUAAACAAGCGCUGAAGAAAAUGGAUUUUCAUAAAGCCGUUGGCCCAGACAACGUCCCCGUUGACGUGUGGGCCUAA